AUGAACUUUACCGAUAAUUCACGUGAGUUUUUUGAACAAACAAGCAAACAGUUUUGAGAACUUUUUUUUCAGAAGUCUGGCAACUUCGAGAUAUUCAAAAAUUAUCGCCGGAUGAUGAACGAACAAAGACGAGAAUUAUAACUUUAUUACAAACAAUUGGAAGUUUCGAUAAUUGCCGAGAAUUAUUAUGGAGAACUAUUGUUCCAAUUCUAAAAUCAUCGCGUGAAAAACUGGAUUUUGUUCAAUCUUUGUUAAACACAGGACAUUUUUCAAGAUAUGACAUGUUCAAGAAUUUAUUGGAUUUGGAAUGUGACAUAUUAAACUAUCGGGAACUAUUCACAAUUAUUAGCCAAGAAUCACUUGAUGUACAUGUUGCGAUGAUGAUGGAAUUGGUUCGUUUUUUUUGCAUCAGAUCCUUACGAUUUUCCAUAAUUGUGUUUUAUUUCAGAUGUUCAAACAAAUGAACAAAAAUGACAAGAAAAAUUUCUGUGCUUUAUUGAGAAAUCUACGGGAGGAUUUUAUGAAGCUUAGCGAAGCCUAUAUAUAUCAAUCGCUAGAAGCUAGUUUUUUGAAUUUAGAUAAUGAAAAUGAGAAAAUUAUUGAAGUUUUGGAGGACUAUAUAACGAUUUUUGGUAAGGAGAAACUGGUCAAAUUCAUGGUUCCAAGAUUGGAUCUUAUUUUCGAUAAAGAUGCUGAAUUUGCGAUAAGAUUUGCUAAAGUACUUAAGUUUUUAUUAUGAUUAUUACUUAAAUAUCAAAACAAUUGUGAUUUAUUUUCAGACAUUGUUGAAUAAUAAUCAUGUGCAAUCGGGAUACUAUCAGACAACUAGGCAAAAUAUAACUGCUCAAUUAUUGCGUAAUCUUGAAAUCGAGGUGUCAAAACAAUAUAUCGAAAUUGAAAAAAUCCAACUAGCAAUCGAAUUAGUCAAUAGUUUUGUCAAUCUCGAGUCGAUAAGUCAACCAAUUUUUGAGGCGAUUUGCGAAAAAAUGUUGAGAAUCGAAAGAAACAGUCAAGUGCGAAAUAAUACAUUCACGUGAGUGGAAAACAUUAUUUAAAUAAAAAUAAUUUGUUUUUAAAGGUGUUUUUUUCAGGAUAAGCUCAAAAAAUUUCACGCGUAGAAUUCAAACACAGGACUGUAUUCCGAUGGAUGGUGUUUUCACUAUGGACAAUACUUUUGAAUUUUUCAAUAGAAACAGAACAAUAUCUUGUGAGUUUUUACGCUGCUAAUACUGUGAAAAUAAAAGUGUGUGUCAACACGCUGACGCAACAUUGCACUUUUUUCAGUGAACCGUUAUUUAACUCAGCUCACAAGGAUACGUGAAGAAAACGUGGCUGCAAACAUCGAGAGAAUCGUGAAUUUCAAUAAAGUGACUGAUUCGUUCACUCAUGUCGAAUUGCAUAGUGCCUUAUUGAAAUGUUUUCUAGCGAUAACCGAUGAAAGUGUAUUGAAAAUUCGAUUUGAGUUUCUGCGAAGAGAAAUUGAUUGUAUUGAAGUUUUGAACAAUUGGUUGAAAGAAUCGAAAUGUUUAAGAGAUUGGAUACUCAUUGCAAAGUUCAUGACUGCUAUUAAUAUAAAUGAUGGAAUUUUCAAACCUGCCGCCACUCUUCUCACAAUAAUAAUGAAUACAAACUUGAAGCUUGAAGAUGUUUUGACGAUAAAAAGCAUUUUGGAGCCUAUCAGAUAUUCGGUUUUGGAAGAAGCUGGGAGAAUAUUUGUGGAAAUGAAGAAUACGAAAGAUGUUUUGAGAGAAUUGCAUGGUUGGAAGUUUUUGGAGACAAGUAAGAAAUUGGCGAAUUUUUUGGCGCGAAAAUCAUUCAAUAAACUUUUGCUUAUAAGAAUUGAUUUGCUUGUUAAUGCAGAAUUGGUGACAAAAACCAGAUAUAAAUUGGUGAGUUUUUUUUAGAAUUACAUUUUAUAAAAUGUAAUAUUUUUGUAUAUUUUUUCAGUCUUUGGCGCAAUGUGGAUUCCACGUGAAUAAUGAACAUCAAAUCAAUCCGGCCGAUAAUCGAGAAAAUGAAGUUAUUGUAGAUGGAAUAUUUAAAUAUAUGCAUCGCGAAAUUUUCCAAGAAAAUGUGACUCGAAAAGAAAUCGAAGUGGCUGUUCAGAUUUUCAAGAAUUUUGUGGAAAUUGACACGCAAACUUUUUGGAUAUAUUUCGAUUUGCCAUCGUUUGAAUGGUUGAGAACUUGUGAUUGGAGCCAUCCGAAUGAUUGGAAUUUGCGGUGAGUUGAAUGAAAAUUUCUGCUGAUUAUCUCGAUUUCUGAACUCAAAUCGUUUCAGACAAAAAAUCCAUGAUAUUUUUGAUCAAAAUAAAUUGCACUCGACCGAGCCAACAUUCGGAAGUGACUUUGAAAUUGUUAGCAUUCCAAGAGCUCACCAAUUCGCCAAUGGCGGUCCCGAUUAUUUUCGGUGGAGAGAUCCUAGUUAA